CCGACAGCGGUGUCGACCAAAAGAAAUCAUCCACAUACCCGCUCUACGGCCAGAACACUUUCUUUUCUCUAGGGUUCCGGGGCGAGCACCGAUAUGUUCGAGUCCGGGAGCCCUCGUGACAGUUAAGACGGAUAGAUCGACUGCAGGAGUAUUGGCUGGAAAGAUGUAUUCAGAAGGACACGGCAAUCCGGGGCCUGCCAACGGUUCUCCGGAGCAGCAGGCUAGCCACUCCGAUGUCGUCCCGUCGUCCAGCCUCCAUGUGGCUCCUAAAAUCCCAUCGAACUCGACUUUUACCGAUCGCCUCGAAUUCUUCUUUACGCGCAUGCCGGAUUCUUACAUUACACCGUUCUGCGGGGCCAGCGCGGGUGUGGCAUCCGGUAUUGUGACAUGCCCUUUGGAUGUGAUCAAGACCAAAUUGCAAGCCCAAGGUGGAUUUGCACGAAGGGGUGGGCAGGUGGGCGCCAAAAAAUUAUACCGCGGAAUGUUAGGUACAGGAAGGAUCAUUGUGCGGCAAGAUGGUCUCCGCGGCCUUUACCAGGGACUGGGUCCCAUGAUUUUCGGUUAUUUGCCGACCUGGGCUGUUUAUCUAGCGGUGUAUGAUCGAUCGCGGGAAUAUUUCUAUGGAACGACCGACAGUUGGUGGCUUGCACGAGGAUACGCCUCGGUCACGGCUGGCGCCUGUUCUACGAUUGUGACGAAUCCAAUAUGGGUUAUCAAAACACGGCUCAUGUCUCAAAGUGUCAGGUCGGACAGCGAAGGCAUGCGGGCUCCGUGGCAUUACAAGAGCACAUGGGACGCGGCGCGCAAGAUGUACAGAAGCGAGGGGUUCCGUUCUUUCUACUCCGGACUGACACCGGCCCUAUUGGGAUUGACACAUGUUGCUAUCCAAUUCCCACUGUACGAAUACUUUAAGAUGGCGUUGACGGGCUAUGGCAUUGGGGAACACCCUGAUAACGGCAACUCCCAUUGGAUCGGGAUAUCCUGCGCGACUUUUCUCAGCAAAGUCUGUGCGAGCACCGCGACGUAUCCGCACGAAGUGCUGCGAACCAGACUUCAAACCCAGCAGAGAACAUUCUCUGUCCCAGGCUCGUCGUCAGGGGAAAUUGCCUUUCGCGGAGCACUAGACCAACACCCGGACCACAGUAGGCCACCGGGAGCCGCUUCGUCAGACGGCAUGCCUAAUCGCCCACGGUACACCGGGGUGAUCCGCACUUUUCAGUCAAUCCUGAAGGAGGAAGGCUGGCGCGCCUUCUACUCUGGAAUCGGCACGAACCUAUUCCGUGCCGUCCCUGCUGCCAUGACUACUAUGCUUACAUACGAAUACCUCAAAAAGACGAUUGGCCAUCUUCAACACGAGGGACGGCUCAAACAGGAUACGUUGGGAGAGAAUCCUGACGAUGCCGUCGGUCUUUGAGCGGUUGGCUGGUUUUUCGCUGACCGAUACCUACACGUCGUGGGCCCGACCUGGCUUCUCGGGCUGUCCGCGUGUGAUGAAAUCUCCCCUGACCCAGUGUCGCUACUGGCAAUGUAUAGAAGCAGACCAGUUGCCCCCACUGCACAUCAUCCCAUGA